UGUGGCCUUGACCAAUCCGUCCGAAGGGACAGGGUCAGAGUCCAUAUCUUCACAUAAAUCAGACAGUUUUCACGUUUUCUAUGUAUUGUUUUCCCUCUUUUAUUGAUCAGACCGUAGGACUGAUUGAGUUGUCAAAAGAAAGACAACCAAAGGGAGCAUUCCCCAAAUUCCAAUCUUCUCAAUGUCAUUUGGUUCCUUGGUUUAGGGUUCUGUUUGACAAGAAGGCGGACAAGAAGGUCGAAUAAAUUCACCUCCUCUCUCUCUCUCUCUCUCUUUCCUCUGUAGAAAAUCUCCCCCCUCCAGAGUGCACCAGAAUCACUGCCACAAGAAGAAAGAAAGAAACAGUAUAUUUUGUCUUCUUCCACUGGUCUUCAAACCUCUCUCUCUCUCUCUCUCUCUCUCUCUCUAUAUAUACACACACACACAUAUAUGGCAUUGCUUGCAUUUUGUCCCCCCGCCACUCACAAAACAGGUCAUCACUUUUGCCAUUUGGAUAUUUCCAACAAAAAUGAAGAGAAGGACAUGCUGCAUUACUGUAGUGGCUACUCUUCUGUGUUGGGUUUCUGUUACAAGCAGGCCCUUUGCAUCCUAUGACGUUCCCCAUCAAGAAGCUAAUCAAACAGAGAGAAACCAAUAUUCCCCAGGAGCUACCUUUCACUCAAAACAGGGAGUUGAGGAAGGCAUGGAACAAAGAAAGUACAGAGAGCUGAGUAGGCUGGGGUCAAGACCACCAUAUUGUAAGCACGUAUGUGGAAGCUGCGAGCCAUGUGUUCCAGUUCAGACACCCACAACCACUGACCACUUUGGAGUUCAAUAUGCAAAUUAUGAGCCUGAGGGUUGGAGAUGCAAAUGUGGCUCUACUUUCUUCACUCCAUAAAAAAAAAUUGUUCUGUUUCAAGCGGUUUUCAACGGAACAUAGUAAUAUUUUCGCUAGCUAUUUCAAACUUCAUGCUCUUGCUAGGAGGCUUGCGAUGUAUAAACCGAAAAUUUCGUUUUUGUUUUUUUUAUUUUUUUAUUUUUUUUUAAGCUUUACACAGUUAGGAGUCUAGCUGGGCACAGGCUCUGAGGUUCGAGUUAUAAUCACACGGUAAAACUUACGACGAGUUCGGAGUUCGAUAUCUACUAAUUGUAACUGAUCUAAUAGAAUAUUAUUGUGUU